CGUCGCGGGCUACGGACGUGUCGCCCGUCGAAUAAACAAAUCGAAAUUCAAACAAAAACUACGAAAAAACAUACCAGUGUUGCUACUAGUGUCCUUACUGUCCUUACUCCUAGUGAUCAGGCCUAACGUGUAUGAGAGUUGGAAAUAGUGUCUUACACUCUUGGAUGGAUAAAUACGUGCACUCAUAUUCAAGUAUGGGAAUUGCACAUUGUAUAUGAUACGAGAACACCAUCACAGAUGACCCGGACACCGUGAGGGGAUGUUCCGCACGGCGUCUGCGGAGGGCUCGGGGCCCCGCACGCCCCCCGCGUACGCGCCGCACCCCCCCUACGUGCCCCCGCGUUUCUUCCCCCCACGCAUCCGCCCCCCGCCCCCGCAAUACUGCUUCGACGCCGCGCGGUUCGCCUGCGACGCCUCCAAGCCAAGGUACCUCGAUGUCGAAAGAGAACGACUCGUGACCAGAUGGCUAGCCGAAGCGAACGAGGCUCUAGUCAGACGAGACAGGCCUCCAAGAUACAAGCCCCGAAGCAGCGAAAGAAGGCCGGAUUUUCCUGAGAGAAGGCCGAAUGCUCCGGAAUGGGCGGACAACUUUCUUCUUGGAAGGAGAAAUGGAUCUGUGGAGCCGGAAGACGAUGGUAGUGAAGUGAUGACGUUGAAAGAGUUUGUGGAUAAGUUCUCGUUGCCGCGGGUAGUGAAGUUCGAGGGGGAGGAGCGGCCGGUGCUGUUGUACCGGGUGCUGGAGGCGCACCGGCGCGUGGAGGCGGUGCCGCUGUCCGGCAAGAAGGGCAAGCUGGUCGGCAAGCCGCUGUAUAUACCGGACUCUUAUGAUGGUUGGUUCUCGGCGUGCGGCUGCCGCGGCGGCGCGCUGGCGUCCCCGCGGGGCUCCGUGGCGGCGCUGCUGCGGGCCCGGGCCUUCGCCCUCGUGUCCCCCCGCGCUAUCUCCGCCUACCGCGCGCGCCCCUCCUCCGAGAGCGGUCGCGUGGGUGCGCAGUACGAGCGCGCUGCAGCGCGGCCUGGCACUCCGCUGCGGUUGGCUGGCGUCUUUGCAGACGGCAGCAAGGCUAAGGCCCCUAAAUACGCCCAGCUCAUAGACCCGCAGGGAAAUGAACUCUUCGUGCCGAUCAACACGAAAGGCGAAAUGUACGAGGUGUGCCCGGAGGAGCUGUCCCCGGCGGAGUGGGAGAUGCCUGACACCGCGCAGCCGCCGCCGCCGGACGCCGCGGCGCGUGCGCACCGCCUGCCGCAUCUGCUGAGCCUGUGGCGGCUGCCUACCCGCGUCAGGUUGCUCGCCGGGACUGUGCCUAUUGAGAUGGCGCAUGAUGUCGGAGACGAUCUCCUGCUGCGGGCGGCGGUAACGGAGCCAGUGCUGGUGAUGUGUACGCUACCGGAGCCGGGCGCGCCCGCCAGCCCCGCCAAGCACGUGGAUCCACGCUACCACUCUAAAGAGGCCCUGCAGCUGCUUCCCCUCAACAGCAACAUCAAGGUCCGCCGCACGCAGCUCGGCUUCGACAGCGAGAAGCGAAUGUUCCUCUCCGCGCGCCUCCAAAAAGCUCUAACCUUCUGUCAACUCAACGUUGACAACUGGAUCAGACAGAUCUCCUACGCUAACUCCACAGUCGUCGGCAAGGCCAAGACCGCUGAAGACCUCAUCAGGGAAGAUCACGAACCCGUCAAGUUCGAGAAAGAACGCAAAUUCACGCUUCAAGGACUGAAGAUCGACACGUCCAGACUGUUCGGCAAAAGCGAGAAGGUUCUCAAAGAUAUUCCCGACGAGACCGAAGGUUCGAUCAUAUUUUUGAGCAAAAAUGAACUCGAGCAUAUGAACUACGACGUGUACAGCGACGAUGAGGGCAAGGACGACAAAUGCGAAGACAACAAGGUGGAACAGGAGCUAUUCUCUAACGACAAGAUGCACGUGUUCAGGGAAGAUUCCGGACAGAAGAAGCACAAGUGGUUCAAGAACUUGAAGCUUCUUAAGAGCACGGAGAAGCUAACCGAUGAGAAGAUUACCGCUAUCGAGAACAAUGAGAAGUACAGAGACGUUAAAGACCCAUUCGAUCCUUUGGGAGAAAAACAUAGCUCCAUAGAAAGGUAUCAAGAUAUGGCGAAGCUUAUAGAAGAUAGAUUCGGGGGCAUUAGAAAGAACGACGGCACAGCAGAGAAGAGUCAUUCCUAUAAGUCGCUCACUACUUCUUCGUCUGACAUGGGCACGAGUCAAUGUAGUUCGAAUCCCAAGAAACCAGUUUUGACGAAAUCUGUUUCUGUCCAAACGGGUAUGCCAGACAGUCCUUAUACGGAAGACAGUGGUAUCAAUAUGAAACAUGGCAGAAAGAACCUAAGUGUCGAUCAGAUCAACUACUGCGGCUCUAUGGAAAGUGAUUCUAGUUCAGGCAGAAAAUUGAAAUCACUCGACGAAAAUAUGCUCAAAAAAUCUUCGGCAACGAAAUCAUCAUCGAACCUUGAACGACGACAGAGAAUACAACCAGACUUAAUUCCCGAAAAAGCAAUGGUCAAGUCAGAGUCUUACAAUCAAAUACAGAGCUGUGAAGAAAUCAAUAUGUUUGGAGUUGGCUCGCUGUACAACGAUAGUGACUUCGAAAUAAACUACAAGCAACAUUCUUUUAUAACUGAAAAAUUGUGUUCGGAAUUCCACGUCAAAACGAAAAGAGUUCUGAGUAAAUCUACGUCUAAUUUGCUUCAUCCUAAAAAGUGUAACGAAAAGAAAGAAGGCAGCAACAGUAACAGUAUGCCUACUAAAACCGAGCGAGCCAAUGACGAGAAAUUCAACUUCAGGAAGAAGAUUGACAAACCCAGAGCUCCAACGCCCAAGUCAGAAAUAGACGAAGAUUUAACGGCUGUAGAUAUUUCCGAAGAGGAGCCUCAUCACGUUCGAAUUAGACGUUCAAUUUCUUCGAUACAAAAACGGAAACUGCCAGUAAUAGAGGACUUACCUUACGGCCAAGUAGCGGAUGCUGUUCAGGUUGAAGAAGAAAAGAUAGACUCAGACGCAAGUUCUGACAACAUCUACGCGGAGAUAUGCACUCCUGGUAACAAGGCAAGUGACGAAGAGAACUAUGAUAGCAGUGUGGACGUACUCGCUACCGACCCAGUGAUUUGCAACGUCAAGAAAGAAGUUAUAAUACGCAACGACGAGAGAGCAAGGCAGAUGAUUGAGAAUCAAGAAAACCCGUUCAGGCAUAUCGAAGUGGUGGUCAUUGAGAAGACUACAGACUUCGAUUUGGAUAACUCAAGCAUAACGUCGAGCGAGGUGGAAGAAACAGGGAGUAAAAACGAUGUGUCUAUUGCCAUAGAUUCUUGGGAGCGUGAUAAAGGAAAAGAUGACCAGAAGAUUCAUGCGAUACGACUAGAAAUAACCAGUAACAUGGACGACUAUCCGAAUGAGAGCAACAGCAAUAGUCAAAGCCUAGAACGGACCGACAUCCAGCUAAGUAAAGAUAGUGACUUAAGUUUUAGUAACAGUAUACACUUGAAUGGUACAUAUCCCAACGAGGCCAUUUAUGAUACGCUAAAGUAGAUUUAAGAUAGUUUACAUACACUUGGUGUCACAAAGAGUGGUUCAGUAGUCAUGUAGUACUUUUAGAAGAUGCUUAUUUUAAAGAAGUUGUUUGAUACACCCAGUACGGUGGGAUAAAACAGAAUUUACCCUGAUUCUGCGUGUCAAUUUGCCGCUGUUCUAUCUCUAACGAGCAAAGGCUCGUUUUCAAAUAAGAGAAUGCCUAUAGGUAUAAUUCUUUGAGAUAUAUAGAAAGCUCUAGAAAGAUAAUUCUGUCUUAUUCUAUCAAAAAAGCACAUAAAAGUAAAUGGUAUAUUCCACACAUACCACUAGCAAUAAAUUCUCACUAGAAUUAAAAACAAUGUAUAAAUCAUGUGCCUAUUUAGUGUUGAUCACAUAGACGUAGUGUUUGCAGUCACUUCAGGUGUUGUGUUACAUAAAUAAAUAUAGUAUUUUCCUUCACAAUACUGGCUCGAAACAGUCACACACAAUUUUAUUGUAGUUAUAAUAAAUGUGAUUAAUAGAAUAAGUGUAUCCUAAAAUAAGCGAUUUGCGCAUGUUUUAAAAAUACCUUUUUACAAGAGUUUCAACCACAUUUACUAUUUUAAUUUGGCACAAGGUGUACCAUUAUGGGAGGCACAUAUUUUAAUACAGCACUGUUUACAAUCACUGUAAAAAAAUACCUAUUUUAAUUUAAUUUUGUCCAGUGACAGAUAAGGGUUUUAAAAGUGCGUCCACUGUGAAUUAAUAUUUGCAAUGUACUUAUUGAAAGCUUUCACGUUACUGCGUACUUUACUAUUUCGCAGACAUAUACAUGCAUGCAUAAGUUCUCUAAGAAACUCAGCGUUGUACUUGUGUUUUACUUUUUAAUAUCUGUGGGUUAGAUAAGUCAAUCUGUUAACAGACCUAGUAAAUACCUACAGAUUUAUUUUAUUAUUACGAUUUUGCCGCCUUUGAUAACAUAAAUGUCGUGUUAACUUACUUAACACCAAGAAAAUUGAUUGAUAUAUAAUUUAUGCGUGGAUGCACUUUUAAAUAAAUCUAACUCAAAAAACAGUCUGACGUAUACAACGCCAUCUAUAAUAAAAAAUAAGUUAAAAACAUCACAUUACAUUAAUAAUUGGUGCUAUAGGUAUUUAGGUGCUCAGUAUACUUAAGCAAGUUUCUACAGGGUGUUGGGUUUUGUCCAGUGCCUUUGUCGGGAAAUGUCAUGAUGUUAGUCACAAAUCACAAUAGAAAUAAAAAAACAAAACUGAAUGUUCUUAAAACUAAAAAUAAUUCAGUUAAAAUAUUGAAUAUUUGGGCGUCACAGGAGAUUCUAAAUAUAAAUAUUUUUGUUCAAUCAAUUUGAUGCCAUUAUUUUUUUUUACUAGCCAAAAAAUUGGCGUUCGAAAAGAGAAAUAAAUAUAAUUAUCAAUUAUGAAAUUACUUUUUUGAAAGUAUUGAUAUUAUUUUACUAAUGUAUAUUAUAAGUACCACAUAUCACAUGACAAUAUUUGUAAAUUUGUACCAUAUAGGCGUAGGUGUGUAAAAUAAUGUCUAUUAUAAAUCGCUAGCUCUUGGUCUAUAAUGUACCAUGUCUGUUAGAUGGUCCAGUUUUCGUAAAUUUGUCUUUAAGGCAAAAGCGGUGAACUACCUUCAGACGAAUUGUACCUAAAAGUAAUUUUGAAAAAAAUGUGAGGAUAUGAAUAUAAAAAUGUUGUAAA